AAUUCCAAAUUUUUGCAGUUUGCAGAGUCUGCUUUAGAAUCAGUCAUUCCCGAACAUAUUUUGUUGGAAAUGCUCCUCUUGCCCAUAUGGUUAUACAGCCGGCAGAGAAUGUGCCUGGCCUUCCAUUUCUGAAGGUAUUCUUUCUUUGGGAAAUCACCUAUGAUUUCAUUUAUACAGUGGUUUGAGGUGAUGUUUAUAUUAGUUGUAUGACUGGUUUUGAUGGCCCUUUGCAUAAUUGUAAACUUCUUGUCAUGAGCUUGUCCCCCCAAAACCACACCCUACCCAAAAAAAAAAAAAAAAAAAACUAAGAUAAUUCAACCCUUAAGAAACUUGCACAAUUUUAAAAAUAUAUGCAUAAAUGGUACAUAGGUUAUAUAAAAAUAAACUCUUUCCAAAUAUAAUAUAAUCAUUAGUUUGCAAUAAUUGUUGUAGUUCUACAUCAUAAUUUUUUAUUUUUUUUUGAUAGGCAAAUAGGAAUGCAUAUUAAUAGACACCUAAAAGGAGGUGCACCAAUUGUUCUACAUCAUAAUUUGCAAAUAAAUCCAACAGGUUUAAUUAAGGCUAUCAACAAACCUAAAGCAUUGAAAUCUAAGAUCAAAGAUUUUAAAGGUUGAAACUUCAAAAUGCCACUAUUAAAUCAUAAAAUAGGAAAUUAAAAAUAUAUGUACACUACAUUUUUAUCCAAAAGUAAUUUUGAAUACAGAGAAUUUAGUAUUAUCUGUCAGUGACAUGAUCAUUGUUCACUCAAGCUCAAAUGGAGAUUCAAAAAAUAAAUAAAAAUACCAUUUUGCUCCUACCUUCUCAAUGUCUUUACACUGAACAAACAAGGCCAUUUUGGUAACUUCAAAACCAUUUUUGGAAAAGAUUCGGAUUUAAGAGAGCGACAGAGUUGGCAUGGAUGGUGUGACUCAAUAGUAUAUGUACAUAUACAUGUAUAUAUAUAGGGAGAGAGAGAGAGAGAGAGAGAGAGACGGAGUUUUAGAGAGAUGGAGUUUUAGAGAGAGUGGCUUUAGAGAGAAAGACAGGAUUUGGUGAGAAUGGCCGGAGAGAGCCGUAUGAACAUGGCGAUAACUGGCUCAGUGGGUGGCGGUGGACAUGUGUCACUCCUGGUGGCAUCAGUGGCAGAUCUACUAGAGAUGCACAUUCAGUCUGGGCAACUGCUGGAUUCUGCUGAGUUCUCCAAUCUCUGUCUCUCCUUGGCCAGAGGUAUUGAUUAUGCAGUUGCAAACAAUGAGAUCCCAGUAAGAGCUCGAGAUUUACCUCUACUGUUAAAACAGGUACUUAGAUGUAUGAAUGAUUCCUCUCUUCUAGCCGUUUUUGUGGUGCUUAUGAUCUCUGUCAAGAAUGCUUGUAAGAUUGGAUGGUUUCCAGAUCAUGAUGCUAAUGAUCUUCUUGCAUUGGCCAAGGAGAUAGGGAAAAACUUCUCUACUAUGGAGGAUGUUAAUGUUCGACCAAGUUAUCUUCUCAAUGUUUGGAAAAUCAUGUUAAGAUACUAUCCACGAUUCAGGAUGGGUCAUAUGCUUGCUUCUCUUGAUGUGAAGCCUGGAUAUGGGGCUUUUGUGGUGGACUUCCAUAUCACAAAGAGUAUGCUGUCUCCUGCACAAAAGCGCAUAUGCCUGUUUGUUGCUCAAACAGAUAAUAUGGACACAUCCUCUUGUAUUGUGCUACCACCUCAAGCCAACUUUAUGUUAAAUGGACAGGGAGUACGGGGGAGGAUCAACGGUUCAAUGGACAAUGGACCGCAGCUACCAACAAAUGUGACUGCAAUGCUCAAAUACGGAAAAAACCUUUUGCAAGUUGUUGGGCAGUUCAAUGGUAAUUAUGUAAUCGUGAUAGCUUUUAUGAGCAUGAUAUCAACUUCCAACACUCCAGAGUUACAAGAUUAUAUUCAGCCUGUUGCUGUUACUCCUGACUCUGACUUAGAGGUUAUUGAAGGACAAGCACGGAUCUCUCUAAAUUGCCCUAUAAGCUUCAAACGUAUCAAAAUUCCAGUGAAGGGACAUCUCUGCAAGCACCAUCAGUGCUUUGACUAUGGCAACUUCAUGGAAAUAAACUCAAGAAGGCCUUCCUGGCGUUGCCCUCAUUGUAAUCAGCCUGUCUGCAACCCAGACAUACGAAUUGAUCAGAAAAUGGUUAAGGUAUUGAAAGAGGUGGAGGAGAAUGUUGUUGAUGUGAUUAUCUCACCAGAUGGAUCCUGGAAGCCUGUUGUGGAAAGCAUUGACCAUGAAACACAAAGCAAUCAGCAAGAACAUUCUGAGCAGUGCGAGUCUGUUGGGUUCUCUAAUAUCCCAGCCCAAGUUGUGGAUCUUACCAUGGGAGAGGAUGACGAGGACGAAUGCCUAAGUAGCUUGGGAACUGAAGAUGUGAAACCUCUCUCAUAUAAUCUUCAAGGAUCGUCUGCUGCAGAAAAUUUUUUGCCACCGGGAGUCAAUUAUAUGGUUGAGGCAGAUCAAAGUGGAUCUUCCCAAACCGAGGACCAUGUGUGGUCAGCAGAGCAGUUUCCCCCUUCUGUCUCAAAGGGCUUUGUGCUGCCUACUAUGAGUUCUAAUGGCCAGAGGAAUUUUGGUGUUUCCAGAACCCCUUCCAGUUUCAUGUCUUCACAUGUUUUAACUGAUGCCAUUUCCCCUUCUCUUUGGGAAACUUUGGGUGUUCAUAGGGAAACACAAAUGCCAAUCUCCUCCCUGCAAAACCAAUAUUUCGGGGCUGGUAACACGGAGAUGCAGCAGACUAGAUUUGGAAGUUUGAGUACGAGCAAUGAAUAUAGAAUGGUUUGCCUUCCAAACCUGGGAGCAACUCAAGUCAUCAAGUCAAGAAACAUUGUCCAUCCCUCCAUUCGUAUCCAACCUGGGCAAGUUCAGCAGAGACGUAGCAGCGUUCAAGUCACAGGUGCUGCUGGUCAGGAGAGAGCCCAGAUGUCAAGCAGGCCACCAUCAGUGCCAGUUCAACUCCAACCAGCUAGAACAGGCACAAGAUUUUCCUAUGCCAUGGUUGCUGAGCAGCUUAGAACAGCAGCAGAGGAGGAGAGGCAAAACAUGAUGGGGAGAACCGGCAUGGCUGUUGAGCACCUGGGGACAGCAUGGUCAUCACCUGGGGCUGAUGCCCUAGCUGAGAACUGGCAGCCCCCUGGGACGAUGAGAGGAAGCCUCACAGGCGAGGCAGACUCCGCUGCAAUUAGCCAGUUCAUGCUUCAACCACCAACCAGUCUGACAGCAACUCUUGAGAGCAGACUGCCAGCAUUCUGGCCUAUUCCCAGUAGUAGCACUGAUCAUAAUGCUAUGUACUCACAAACAGAAACUCAGGGGAGGCUGAGAAGCAACUGGGCUGGAACCGGAAGCUCAGGUGGUUUACCAGAAUGGACUUCAUGGAUGCCCUAAUUGACUGGAUGUAUCCUGGUAUGGAUAAGUGGCGGUUUUGGUUUUGGCAGCAGCUUUGUUGGAUGUUAUGCAUGACAAGUUUUGUAUCAUCACAAAUGUAUGGUGGUUGUGUCGUGGGAAAUGUUAAGAGACCACCCCUCUCGUGUGCUUGCAAUGUACAUAAAAUUUUGGAUACAUCUCUUCAUCAUAAACCCGAUUCAAAUUUAUGCAAUCUAAUUUUGAAUUUCCAA